UAAUUAAUCCCUUAACAGCAUCGCCGGCGAGAGAAACCUAGCUAUCGAGUCAUGUCCACCUUUAGCGGCGACGAGGUCGCCCCGUUCUUCGGCUUCCUCGGCGCCGCCGCCGCCGCCCUCGUCUUCUCCUGCAUGGGGGCGGCGUACGGGACGGCUCGGAGCGGCGUGGGGGUGGCGAGCAUGGGGGUGAGGCGGCCGGAGCUGGUGAUGAAGUCCAUCGUGCCGGUGGUGAUGGCGGGGGUGCUCGGCAUCUACGGGCUCAUCAUCGCCGUCAUCGUCAGCACGGGCAUCAACCCCAUGGCGCAGCCCUACUUGCUGUUCGACGGCUACGCGCACCUGGCGGCGGGGCUCUCGACGGGGCUCUGCUCCCUCGCCGCCGGGCUGGCCAUCGGGGUGGUCGGCGACGCCGGCGUCAGGGCGAACGCGCAGCAGCCGAAGCUGUUCGUCAGCAUGAUCCUCAUCCUCAUCUUCGCCGAGGCGCUCGCGCUCUACGGCCUCAUCGUCGGCAUCAUCCUCGCCUCCCGCGCCGGCCAGUCGCGCAACAAUUAGUUAGGAGUAUAGUCUCAUCUAGUUCGUGAUCCUCUUGUGCAUUGCCGUGUACAAUAUUUUCAUCCAUGAUCCUCUUGUGCAUUGCUGUUCUACUACUAGCUUUAUUCUUCCAUCAAAUCAACUACUUAUUAUGGAAUAUAGUUAUCAUACAUUUCUAUCUAUAGUUAUUUCGAC